AUGGUGAAAGCUCGCAGACCCGCCUGGAUAAGGUAUAUCUACAUAAUAAUCCCAUUGGGCAUCGCCAGUUUGUGGCUAUGGAGGUUUCUGAACACUGCAGAGGCCACAGACUUGCAGGCGAUACUGCAGAAUCUGCCCAAAGAGAUCACACAGAGCAUAGAUAGCGCGUCGCAGCAGAAACAGGACGCAUCAAUGGCGGAGAUGUUUGAAAAGCUUUCCGCAGAACUGCUCAAGAAACAAGACGAGCAGCUUCGGAAGCUCGAGAAAGAUCGCAGAUUGCUGGAAAAACGCAUCCAAGAUCUCAGACAGCCAUCACCACAUACCACGUUGCGUGAGAAACUCGCGCACGUGUUUGAGUACCGUCCCUCGCACCGGUUCCCAGCAUACGUGUGGCAGACGUGGCCAUACUCAGACAUGGACAACCGCAUGGACCCCACGUUACAGAGCUAUGAGCGGCAUUGGGGCGAUAAAAACCCGGGUUUCGUGCACGAGAUCAUUAACGACGACACUGCGUCUGCCUUGAUUCACUUCAUGUAUUCGUCCAUUCCAGAGGUGGUGGAUGCCUAUGAUAUUAUGCCCACUGCCAAUUUGAAAGCAGAUUUCUUCAAAUAUCUGAUUCUCUUGGCUCGCGGUGGUGUUUACGCCGACAUCGAUACCGAUGCUUUGCAGCCCGUUCCAAACUGGAUCCCCGAGAACGUGUCGCCUCGCGAGAUUGGACUUAUUAUUGGUAUAGAGAACGAUGCUUUUAAUCCCGAUUGGAGAAGUAAUUACGUCAGAAGGUUGCAGUUUUGCAAUUGGAUCAUUCAGGCCAAACCGGGCCACCCUGUGGUGCGUGAAGUCGUGGCUCGUAUUACAGAGGCUACUCUGCAACGUCGCUCAGAGGGAGAGUUGCGUAUGAACCUCAGAAAUGACCUCAACAUAAUGAGCUGGACCGGAUCUGGGAUCUGGACCGAUGUCGUUUUCACCUACAUGAACGAUUACGUGCAGAGUGGGAUUCUGAGCAAAAUAACAUGGAAAGAGUUUCACAAGCUAGAAGUCCCCAAACUUGUUGGCGACGUGCUCGUUUUCCCUCAAAGCUCUUUCAACGCCCCAGGAAAGGACUCCAAGGAUCAAGAUAAAGAUAUGGAGAGCAAUAAAGCUUUGCACUUCGCCACGCAUUCGGGACUUAAGAGCUGGAAAGGAGCUCCUAAUAUUGCCGACGAAAAAUAG